GAACUUCCGGAAGAUCCUGUGGGUCUACAUGGCGUCACCCGGAGUGUGAGUUGUUGCAUGAGGAUAUUGAAGACAAUGGCUAAGAACAAACUAAGAGGGCAGAAGUCCGGGAAUGUAUUUCAUAUAGCCAGCCACAAAAACUUUAAGUCUAAAAACAAAGCAAAGCCAGUUACCACUAACCUUAAGAAGAUAAACAUUGUGAAUAAUGAAAAAGUUACCAGAGUGAAUAAAGCUUUCGUAGAUAUACCAAAGGAACUUGCACAUUUUUCAAAAGGUCUUUCCCUUGAGCCUUUGCAGAAACAGCUGAUUCCUCAGCAGUGUCCUGAAAACGAACCAGUUAAUGUUGAUGAAGCGACAAGAUUAAUGGCUCAGUUGUAAUACACUGGAGAUACAUCAGAUACCCCAGAAAGACCAAUAAAUUAAAAAAAAAAAAAAAAAAAAAAAAGAAUCCUUCUAAGAUGUCGAGGCUUCCAAGCCAACAAAUGAAAGAGAGCUGUGAGGCAGAGGCGGGUCCUGCCUGGCGAUCACGGUCAACAGUCUCUUGAGGAUUUUACAGAUGAGACAACUGACGCUUGGUGGGUUCAAGUCAUGUGCCUAAAAUCUCGUGGCUGGGAAAAAGUGGAAAUGGGAGUCGAGUUGGAAUCUGCCUCACUCUGAAGACCAUGCUUUCCUGUGAAUGUAAUUUCACAG